CGUCAAUCGUCUCUUACCAAGGAUACAUAGCUGCGGCGAAUACAAAAUGGCGCCUGACAGAAUUACACCAACUUUACCUAUUUGGUCGUCUAUGCUCUUAUUGUUCUUUUGUCUAAAUGGAUUAGAGACAGUGAAGUGCCAAGGGUCUUACGAGCUUCGAUUGGUCAAUGGAAGCGCGCCAAACGAAGGUCGGGUUGAAAUGCGAUCGAACUCCUCGGACUGGAUGUCAUUGUGCGGCGCGUACUGGGACAUCGGCGACGGAUCGGUAGUCUGUCAACACCUCGGCUUCACCAACGCGACUUCGGUCUCGCGUACGGCCCGCUUCGGCUCAAGCACGGGACGGAUCAUGUCUACGAACUACCAGUGCACGGGGAGUGAGAGUCAUCUCGAGGAUUGUCCAGUGGGGCAGUUCUCCGAGGGGGACUGCCAACAUUCCGCUGACCCAGGUGUGGUCUGUUACCCUUCAACCCCAGCGUCGAUGAUGACGACGAUGCUACCUAACCUGGUGACAACGCUUCCGCCUGAUGUACCCAUACCCGUUCGGCUGAUGGGCGGGAAUAGUCCCUUUCAGGGGAGGGUAGAAGUCUAUCUCAAUAAUGCUUGGGGAACGAUCUGCGAUGAUAGCUGGGAUACUACCGAUGCUCGGAUCGUAUGUCGUCAACUCGGCUUCCAAGAAGUUUUCGCUGCUACCACCAACGCUCGUUUCGGCCAGGGCCUCGGACCAAUCCAAAUGGACGACACUCGAUGCUACGGCAGCGAAACGUCAAUCCUCGACUGCCAACACCGUGGUAUUGGCGUCCACAAUUGUCGGCACACGGAGGACGCUGGCGUGAUAUGCUUGCCCGAAUCCCGCUUAGCUGGCGGCAGCAAUCACUCCGAAGGUCGCGUCGAGGUCAGGGUGGGAGAACAAUGGCAGACGGUAUGCGGCGUCGGUUUCGACGACAUAGAUGCGAACAUUGUCUGCAAUCAGAUGGGGUACGGAGAAGUUCUUAGCAUGUCGCUUGGCAAUGACCGGUACGGCAACGCCACCGGCACUGCUGUGGUCAAGAACGUCAACUGCAAUUCCAACUUUCAGCUGAUGUAUCAGUGCGCGUCGGAAGUGGUACCUGACGGGGACCCACAAUGCACCAGCGACAAUGACGUCGGCAUCGUCUGCUCAAAUUCUGAUUCUGCAAUGGGACUUCGUCUGGUCGGCGGCAACAACAUCUUCGAAGGCCGCGUCGAGGUUAACAUCAACAAUACCUGGGGAACCGUGUGCGAUGAUUACUGGGACAUGGAAGACGCUUCGGUAGUCUGCAACCAGCUCGGGCUCGGCCGGGCCGUCGAGGCCAGAAAGUACGCCAGCUUUGGCCGGGGCUUCGGACCGAUCCACAUGGACGAUGUCCUGUGCUCUGGAGACGAAGCAACCAUCUUUGAUUGCGAAUAUAACAACCAGACUGGAUGCUCUCACAGUGAAGAUGCCGGUGUGGUGUGCGCUCCAAAAAUUCGUCUCAUGGGAGGUAUGAACUCGUACCAGGGUCGAGUAGAGAUGUUCGUGAACGAAGAGUGGAGCACAAUCUGCGACACGCAGUGGGAUGAGGACGAGGCCCGUGUUGCUUGUCGUCAGCUCAAGUACGGCUUCGCAGCUACGGCCAAGACCGGUUCGUACUUCGGAGAGGGCACGGGUCCGAUCCUCGCCGAGAACAUACGGUGCAGCGGUUAUGAAGGGUCGUUGGUGCAGUGCCCGCAAUUCGGCAUCUCGCCCAACACGACGUGCGAUCACUCCCGAGAUGCUGGUGUGAUCUGCUCACUCCCCGAAAACAACAUCACUCUUCGGCUGGUCGGUGGCGAAAACGCCUACGAAGGUCGGAUCGACAUCGAGCUCGAUGGCAUCUGGGGCACGGUCUGUGACAACAACUGGGACAAGAACGAUGCUCGUGUGGUAUGCAAGCAGCUAGGUCUUGGUCCCGGCAUCGAGGCCGCGAAAGGUGCCACCUUUGGACCGGGUACUGGACCGAUCUACGUGGACAACCUGGCCUGUAGAGGACACGAGUCGUCAAUCGCAUUCUGUCCCAACAAUGGGGUAGAAGUCCACAAUUGCACUCAUGAUAACGACGCAGGAGUCGUAUGCUCAGCUCCUAUCCGACUUGUAGACGGUUCCGGUCCGUACGAGGGCCGCGUGGAGAUUCUCCGCAACAUCGUAUGGGGGACUGUAUGCGAUGACGGUUGGGACAUCAACGACGCCACUGUGGUCUGUAACGAACUCGGCUUCGGCAGCGCCAAGCGGGCCGUCCCCGCUAGCUACUUCGGCUCUCGCUCUUAUGGCUCUAUCCACAUGGAUAACGUGGCUUGUGAAGGGGAUGAACAAAGCCUCACAGACUGCCCACACGACACUACCCAUGACUGCUCGCAUUUGGAGGAUGCUGGAGUUAUCUGCACAGGAAAAGAUCUUGCAUGUGAUCUUCCAUCACUCCCUCCAAACACAUACAUGAGUUUUGUCAAGUCACAUUACAAUGAGGAUGAGGUCAUAGCCGUCAUCUGUACCUAUGGCAACGGGUCGGUGGAGUGGCGAUGCGGCACCGACAAGAGAUGGACAGGACUAUCCCUUACCUGUCCCCCCAGGAAAGGACAUCCUCGUUCCAAUAAAACAAUGAUUGUAAGCAUAGUUGCUGUAUUGGUGGGUCUAAUUCUCAUUGGAUUGAUGAUUAUCUUGAUCUUCUUUGUCGUACGGAGUCAACGCAGACGAGGGUUCGGCGGCGCCAUAACGAUGUCUGACGUCAUCGCUCAUAUAGAAACCAUCAAGAACGCUGCCACCACCAACGGUGAUCGUAGCAAGCUGGAGGGAUGCACCACGGCCAUGCCCGAAAACGAUAUCACGGGUGUCGACGUCGAACCCUUCAAUGAUCACGCCGUGGAAAAUCCUAAGUACUACGACGGAAAAGAUUCCAAAUCCAACGCAACGGGCGGUUAUGCUCGUCUUAUCGAAUAGUUUGAAUGGCUUCUUGGGCAGUACUGUUAUAAUUUUGAAAAGACUUUGUAUGUAUAUACCUGUCAAACCGUCAAAAUGACUUUACAUCCAUUCCAAACUGACCAGUUCUUGGCUGUUGAAGGAUAUGUAAAAUAAUGUUUGAUAAACCUGUUGUAGGUCCGUUAUCGGUCUCGUUGAUGCGACUGAGAAAACCUUCGUCACACCGUCAAACCAAUCCCAAGUAGCCUGAUGUUAUCCAUUCGAGAUGAUUACGGUUUAUACUAUCAUUUUUAUGCCAGUGCAUUCGUGUUUCCGGGCGGUUUGGAAUCGUUUCCCUUAUUUUUGUCAGGGUCUGUUAGGUUGAACUUCCCCGGGAGAUCCAAA